AUGCCUGCCUUCAAGAUUGUAUCUCGAAUUUCCCGGCAUGUUGUGAUCUUAAUCAAGGAGCAAGAGUAAAUUUCGCCAGCUGUAAAAUAAGGUAUGAGAUGUACCACUUUUAUAAUUCUACUUUGGCCCCUGCACCAGCACCAACACUGCCUAAUCGACCCCCGCCUACAACCAAUGAAGGAAAUGGGGGAAUGUCAAGACAGGUUAUUAUUGCGAGAGUUUUUCCAACUGUUGUUUCCUUAUUGAUUUUCUUCAUAGGCUGCUUCCUUUUGACAAGGAGAGCAAAGCAGAGACGUUAUGAUGCUGUCGAGGAGGAAAACGACGAAGGAAAUGAUAUUUCGAUAAUUGAAUCCUUGCAAUAUGAUUUGAACACUGUUGAGCUUGCUACCAACAACUUUUCUCCUAAUAACAAGAUUGGUGAAGGUGGAUUUGGAAGUGUUUACAAGGGUACUUUUCCGAAUGGACAAGAAAUAGCUGUAAAGAGACUUUCUAAAAAUUCAAGGCAAGGUGCUAAGGAAUUUAAGAAUGAAGUUGUUCUUGUUGCCAAGCUUCAACACAGAAAUCUAGUAAGACUACUUGGAUUUUGCUUAGAAGAAGAAGAAAAGAUACUCAUCUACGAAUUCGUGCCCAAUAAAAGCCUCGAUUACUUUCUAUUUGGUUAGCAACAAUCUUGAUUUAUUUACCUUUCUACA